GUCAGUGACGUCAGUAUGUUCCCGCCUGAAACCGAAACUAAGGAGGCAAAACAGCUAUCGAGAUAGUAACAUAAAUUGGACAAUGGAUUACCUUUAUUUGGAUAAUAUUGAUGAAUUUGUCAACGACCAGAAUAAAAUCGUAAGUCACCUAGCUAACUAAUCUAUCUCGACCGAUCCAACUAGCUGCUGGAGUCAGCUAUCUGACUGUGCUGAGCCUAGCAACGCUAGAUAGCUAUCACUUGCCCACCUUGCUAUUGAAUGAUGCAGUGGUUUUAAGACAGCAUCAGGCCCCCAAAUGUUGUGACUACACGGUCGGUUGGGGAAGCUUGGAGCUGCAUUCCUUCCUAGAAUAUAGGAAUACAGCAGAUCGAGCAUGCAAAGGUCUCUGGGUAAACUACAUAAAUUGUGUUGUAUGCAUCCCACAUAUCUCUGUUGGCAACAGAGUGUUUGCUUGUUAUUGUGUGUAUUCUAACAGGUGACCUACAAAUGGCUGAGUCUCACUCUUGGGGUCCAUGUCAACCUAGCCAAACAGUGAGUAUCCAGAUCCAACCUUCUAAACUGCCUUUUGAAAAAUUAAAAAGGUGUUUAAACCACCAGCUGUAAAUUACAACCCAUGAGUCCAUCAUGAUGUGUAUAUUUCAGAAUGCUAUAUCAUUACCUGGACCACAAGAGGAAAGAAAGCUCAGCUCCGCUCCAUGCUACCUACCUUGUGUCUGGCAAGUUUGUCGAGAAUGGUACCACGGUAAGAGAACAAGCCAAAAUGCCCAAUUUCAUUCACAAUGCCCCUACAUACCUCGACAUAAAGCAGUAGACCCAUUUGGAAAUAAAACGUUGGACAUAGUAUUCUUGCUUUGUUUUGGUAUGUUUCAGUGUUUGUACUUAGGUCCUUUUUCAAAGCUUUUUUUUUUUUUGCAGAGUCACAAGGUGUCAGUAGUGCAAGAGGAUCAGUUGGAGGGUAAUUUAUCAGUUCUCCUGCCUCCUUUCCUAACUGUGUUUGAUGUGUUGUUUCUUUGUCAUCAAGAUGAAUAAGUGCUGUGAAUGUGUUAACAAAAUGGAAUCUGUCAUGUGUUGUAGAUGUGAAGUCGAAGCUGAGCCUGACCGUCAGUGUACACGUGUACAGUGUUCAGAAGGCUGUGCUGAAAGACAGUGGUCCCCUGUACGGUGCUGAUUAUGAUGCUGUGAAAGAGAACCUAAGGAACUGCAGCAGGUACAUCCGUCUUCAAACUUGAUUCAAUCAAAAUAAUAGAUUGAGAAAUUGCUGUUAAAUAUUACGUUUGGUGGCCUAUUUAUCAGAACAUACCAAUGUAUUUGCAGGUACAGUGCCAUUCGCUGUGCAGAUGCAGUACCCAUGUCCUCAGCAGAGGUGCAGCAGGCUCAUGAGAUCGCACAGGCCCCACCACCAGAGACGGAGCACACCAAAUCUGGCAUCAAUGGUCAUUCUAGUAUGUCCUCUAAACCCACCUCCAAGCAGCCCAAAGGCAUUAUGGGAAUGUUUGCAAACAAGAAUGUCUCCAAGAAUCAAGAGUCUAGCAAAGAGAAAACAUUGGCGCAGAAAGAGGAUGCACCUGUGGUAUGUGUUAGUGUUUCUAUGCUCUGUAAAUGGCAUGUGAUGUUCAUUUCAUCCAGUGCUCAGAAUUGCAACCCAUAAUGCUAUACCUUGUGAUGUCACAUUUAUUUGAUAUUGUAGGUUGAGACCUCCAAAACUAAACCAGCUGCAAAGACACAUCCUAUGAGUAACUUCUUUGGGAAUCAAGCAACCAGUGAGUUUUUCAACAAUCCCAUAUCAAAUAUGGGGAUAUCGUUCUAUAAUUUAACAUCUCUAAGAUAAAUCCUGUAUGUCCGCCACAGAAAAACCGGACAAAUCCAUCAAGGAAGAGGUAGAAGCAGCCCAGAUGUCCUCUUCAGUGGAUGAGAAACCCUCAAGCCCAGUCCCUAAAGCAGAGUCUCCUGUCAAGGAGGAACUACCAAAAGGUGCUGUAGUUGAGAAAGAUAUUAGAAGGUGUGUAUUAUUAAAUCUUGUAGGAGUCCUUGUGUCAUAAUUAUAAGUACCAUGGGUACUGAAGUGAUUAUAAGAGGAAGUAUUUGUUAGACACUGAAGUUGUAUAGUAUAUUAGAACCAGUGAUGGAACUGUGAUUUUGGUCACCGGCCAGACGGGCUAGUAGACUGUGAUUUUUACUAGGCCGGGUAUUAUUUGGAUCCAAAAUCUGUGCCGAGCGAUACUUGGAGAGAAGAAAAAAAAAUGUCACUGGCCACCGGGCUAGUUUAUGACAUUUUCUACUAGCCCAGUCUGAAAAGUACUAGCCUUGGGAUAGCGGGCUAGCUUAACUUCAUCCCUGCUCAGAACCAACAUCUCGCAGAAACCUUGUCGUCUUGGUGAACGGUGAGUGUUUUGAAUGGCAGUUCCAGAAUAUGCUUUAACAGAAUAUUUUCCUUUCAGUAGUAAGACCAAGCGUCUUGAACAUUCCGAUAGUGAAGAGGAGAAGGAGAAGAAGCGACGGAGGAUAAAGAAGGCCCAGCCAGAGAGUAGUGAUGAUGAGGGUAAGAUGAGCUGUAAAGGGAGGGCAUGCUUAUUGCUCAGGCUCCCCACAACAUUCACACUGGACUUCAGCAUUCAACUGUUUCAUGAUUAAAAACAGAACUAUUCUAUGCUACAGUUAUACCAGAUUCUCCUCCACGGUUGCAAGAACAGAGGGACCCAUCACCAAGCCCUGUGAAUCAAGUAAAGAAAGAAGCUUUUGCUGUUUCUCAUUCAGAUGUAAGCUUUCACAUUGUAUUUAUUUAAGUAGUAAACUGUUGAAGUUGCAGGAUAUAAUUAGUAAGACAUUUUAAAUAUUUUUUUAUAUUUUUUAUCACCAAUUUGUAAUGAUCGUUAUCUACCUAUCAAUCCAUGCAGGAGCGUUCAGAUUGUAAGUGGAGGAAGAGGAGACGCGUCUUGAAAUCGCGCACCUUUUUGGAUGACGAGGGAUGCAUUGGUAAAUUAUUGAAAUCUUUUUUGUUUUGUUUCUAUUCAACUUUUCUUGUAAACAUUUUGCUAAAGUCUAAUGCCUCUGACAUGCACAUGAAGCCUGUUUCUUCUCCCCGAAGUUAGUCUAUUGUUUAUAUGUUAAAGCUAAGAUGUCAGAUAGGCUGAUCAAUGUCUUAAUGAUGUCUGAUCGCAAAACCAUUUUAAACUGUCUACCUUCCAGUGACUGAGAAAGGCUAUGAGAGUGAAUCCUACUCUGAGACGGAGGACGACUUUAAGGCAAGUAAACCAGCCCAGAAGAAUCCAACCCCACCAAAACCAUCAACUGGCAAGAAACAGGAGGAGAAGAGAAGUAAGAAAGUUGCUGCAGCUGCUAAUAAAUCAACUAAGCAGGCUUCUAUUAUGGGAUUCUUCCAAAAGAAAUGACAGAAGCCAUACUCUCAUUGUACUGAGCACUGAGAAGAUUAACAUCCAUUUUGAGGGACUUGAGGGCCAGAUGGAGAGAAUUUAGACUGACGCACAUUAUCAAAUGCUCCGGAGGAUGGAUGUAGUUACUUCGCUGGCAACAUUUGGAAGAAUGCUGUAAUCUACUAUUCU